CUCUAUAUGUGUUGUUUAUUUUAAUUUGACAACCAAUAUUUGGAUAAUAUGUACUGUGAUUUUCUUUUCAAUUGUUAAAGAAAGAUUAAAAAUCAAACAGUUGCAAUUUAUUAUUUGAGUACUUGUUUAGCUAAUACAAUUGCCUUUUCCAUACUAGGGAACAAUUAAAAUUGAAGGCAUGAUGGUAAAGAUGCCCAAAGAAGAUGAGAUACGCUUGAGUCCUAAAUGCUUCGAAAAGAUGAGAAAUCUUAAAAUUUUUAUAAACGUCAAUGGACGGUUUUGUGGAAAUGUUGAUUAUUAUCCGAAUCAGUUGCGGUUACUUGAUUGGCCUGACUGUCCACUGAAAUCUUUGCCCUUCAAUUUUAAUAUGAAGAAUCUAGUUCGACUUAGUAUGUCUUGUAGCCGCAUCUCACGUUUUGGAGAAAGAUUCAAGGUAUUUAUGAAUUUUCAGGAGUUUACUUUACUAAAAUCUUUAUGCCUUACCAAUUUUCCAUUUGAUUUUUUCUAUGACAGAAUAUGGAAAAUCUGAAAUCCUUAAAUCUGAAGAGAUGUGAAUUCCUAGCAUCAAGCCCAGACCUGUCUGGAAGCCCAAACUUAGAGUUUCUGGAUUUAAGUUUCUGUACAAGUUUAAAGAAGAUUCAUUCGUCGGUUGGAUCCCUCAAAAAGCUUGUUCACCUGGAUCUUCAAGGAUGCUCUAAACUUCGGAUGCUACCUGGCAUAGUUAACUGGAGAUCCCUCCAAACCAUUAAUCUUAACUAUUGCAGAAUGGUGGAGAGUUUUCCUGAAAUUGUGGGAGAGAUGAAAUACAUGACAUCCUUGCGUCUGUUCAGCACUGGCAUCAAAGCAUUGCCUUCAUCCAUUGGAUAUCUAAUUAACCUUGAAUGGUUGGAGUUAGAUAAUUGUGGAAACCUCACAGAUCUACCUUGCAGCAUCUAUGAAUUCCAAAAUCUGGAGGAGGUUCUUUUGAACGACUGCCCAAAACUCGUAAGAUUCCCAAAUAAGGGGGACUCUGAAGUGCUUCCAACUUACUCAAAGGUUUCACAUGACAAAGGAUGCAGUUCAAUGGAGCCGGACAAUUUGGUUCUACGUGGAUUCACCGCAAGAGGAUGCGCUACUUUAUCUAAUACUGAUUUCCUCGCGUCCCUUGAUUGGGCACUUGAAAUUGAUUUAUCAGGAAGCGCCAUUGUUAUUCUUUCCGAAUGCAUCAACAAAAUUGGCUACUUGAGGGAACUCAAUUUGAGCGGCUGCAGGAGGCUCGUAGAAAUUCCAGAGCUUCCACCAAGUAUUCGCCGCUUGGAUGUGAGUGAUUGUAUAUCAUUGGAAAGAAUUUCGAAGUUGUCAAACGUUUUGGAGCGUAAAGAAUCACAAAUGAUUGAGGAGAUGGACUUGACUAAUUGCUGGAGACUCUGUCAAAAUUUGGUUCAGAUGGCAAACAAGGAUGAUGAUGAGGUGGGCGCUGAUCUCUUCUUUCCACUCCUAUCUUCUCAGCAAUCCAAAUUCACAAUUACAUUUCCAGUUCCAAGAAGUGAGGUUCCAAAGUGGUUCAGCUGUCAAAUGGAUUUCUAUCGACGGUUUGAAUUUUGUAUUGAAACACUUGCAAAUUUCAAAUGGGACAACACAGGACUGGCUCUCUGUGUUGCUGUUGAUCAAAAGCUGCAAUAUACCGAUUUUGUGGUCUAUAUUCACAUCAAUGAAGUACGUGUUUCAUAUCUCCCCGAACAGUUGGUUAAUUCAGCAGAGUUGGAUCAUGUGUGGCUGCACUAUGUUCCCUUCCUUGAAAUGUGGCGAGUUGGUUAUAUGCGUCCAUUGCCUCCUUUUACGUGUCGAGUCAUUAUGCUUCAAUACUUCUAUAAGUCAGCCUCCAUAAAAAGCUGUGGGGUCCACCUUGUAAUGCCACCCAAUGAAAACGUUUGUAUGAAGCUAAUCCAUGCAGAGAACCUCACCAGUAAACUUUCUGAUGAUGAAGUUUAUAAGGAGUUCUAGGACAAUUAUCGUCCCAAACAGAGGACUGACUGCAAAGAAUUAUAUACUUAUGCACAACUGGAAAAUGAAAAGCUGUAAUUAUUAGUAAUGCAGCAUAGCAUUGUCUAUGGACCAGUGUGACAAAUACAGGCAUUCUCCAUAUGUGUGGAUAGAGUUUAUCAAAUUCAUCCUGUGAAAGCAAGUUGGCAAAUCUGCAGAAGGGCCUAACAAAAGCAAAAGCGGCACCUCUCUUGGACAAGCUUGUUUUUCACAAGAUAAAACAAGAGCUAGGAGGACCAGUUCGUAUAAUGUUUGUCUGGUGCUGCACCUUUGCCCAGGCAUGUGGAGGAAUUUAUCAGAAGGAUAUGAAGGCUGUGGACUCAAUCCUCUAUAAAAGCAUAGGUCCCUGCACUCUCACUAACACACUGGUUAGAGAAUCUCGCCCCAUAGAGAAUACUAAAUACUGAGUGAGCAGUGCAGAAGAUCUUGCUUCUACAUUUCUACGUUUCAUUGCUGAAGCUCCUGCUUCCAACAUUCACAAUGGCCUCAGGUAAAAUUGGUGUUUUCUUUUAUUCUACAGCUGAAAACAUUAGGAACCAAUUAUCGGUUCUGGAUUAUGAGGGUUUCUACGGUGAAUUUUGCAUACAGCAAACCAUCGCUGAGAUUUUCACUGAUCAUUGAGUUACAGAACUGAGAGUUUGUGUAUUUUGCUUUAAAACAUGACUGUGUCUCCCACAGGAGGAUAAACUUUAUUACAUGUUUUAGAAUAAAAUGCAGUACAUUACAGUAACAUUGGGAUAUAUUCAGUUUUGCUUGUUCUUUUCUUGCCACACAGGUACUGACUGAACAUACAAAUAACAUUGCUUGGUUUUACUGGUUUUGUAAUUUAGAACUUAAUAACAUUGAUGUUUUCUGAUGAUGAUGAUGAAUUAUCGUCCCAAACAGAGGACUGACUGCAAAGAAUUAUAUACUGAUGCACAACUGGAAAACAAAAAGCAGCAUAGCAUUGUCUAUGGACCAGUGUGACGAAUACAGGGACUGCCCGGAGGAAUCUAAGGAAGCCGUUGCAUCACUAAUGGUUACUGCAGCUAGAUUUUCUGAUUUACCAGAGUUUUGUGACAUUAGGCCACUAUUUCAAGAGAGAUAAGUGAACUCUGGAUUAUUAUGUGGAUCAAAAGUUUGUUGAGAACAUAGCUUCAAAGCCUCCCACAUUGGAGAAGAAGGUUCAGUUGACAUAGCAUUGGAAUUUUCAAUAAAGUGGGACUCCAAGGCCUUUGAACAAAGAAUGUCUAAACCUCCUGCAUUUAUACAGCGCAAGCCAUGAAAUCUUGGAUAUGUAUAGGGUUUCAGGCACAAGCAUCAAUCUGUGUAAGCAAAGCUAUGAAAUGGUGGGAGAAAACCCUAAAACUGAACACGGUUGAGAUCCAUUCUGCUAAGAACUCAUUGAUUCUUUGCAUAAUGCUGGUGAUAGAUUGGUUGUAGUGGAUUUUUACUCACCUGGUUGUGGAGAUAGUAGAGGUCUCCAUCCCAAGCAGAAAAACCCACCUAUAGAUUUGCAACCUCUGCCGCCGCAGCCACAAUUAGCUUCCAACCCAUCUAUUUCAUAAUUUUUGUUAUGUUUUGUUGUAUGUUGUCAUGUGUAAUUGGAUAAUUGUAGAGUUAAUGAUCACAGCCCCAUUUCAUUCUGAUAUGGAAGAACUUCUAAAUACGUUAUUAAGCACAUCCAUAUGAUUUUGAUUGAUUUA